CCCACACCACCACUUCCUGUAGGUCUAGGGUUUUUCAUUAUUCAAUUCAGAGUACAAUCAAACUCUAGCAAUGUCGACUCUCGCAAUCGAGUCAGUGCAGUGUUUUGGCCGCAAGAAGACCGCUGUCGCCGUCACAUACUGCAAGCGCGGCUGUGGCCUCAUUAAGAUCAACGGCUGCCCAAUCGAGCUCGUCGAGUCCGAGAUCCUCCGCUUCAAGGCCUACGAACCCAUCCUACUCCUCGGACGACAGCGCUUCGCCGGUGUCGACAUGCGCAUCCGCGUCAAGGGAGGCGGUCACACCUCCCAGAUCUACGCCAUCCGCCAGAGCAUCGCCAAAGCUCUCGUCGCUUUUUACCAGAAAUAUGUGGAUGAGCAGAGCAAGAAGGAGAUUAAGGACAUUCUGGUCAGGUAUGACAGGACCCUCCUUGUUGCUGAUCCGAGGCGCUGCGAGCCCAAGAAGUUCGGUGGUCGUGGUGCUCGUGCUAGAUUCCAGAAGUCUUACCGUUGAUUUGGGGCAAAUGGAAAGCGAAAGAUGGACAGGCAAUGCAGUCCCCCAGUUUUCUGUGAUUCAUUAGACUCGCCGUAAGUUUUUCACUUACCAUUAGUUUUUUAUAGAUUUCAUCCAAAUUAAUGUUAAUUCUUAUCAUGUGCACACCAUGGGACUCUCCUUUGCGGACAAAAGCGUCAUUUUGUAAGAUUUUCAGACACAAAAGUUAUAGAAUCACACAUAUUUGCAUAGGCUUA